GGUUCGCACUAUUCAAUGCCAACCAUAUCUUCCAUUCCCCUCGACCAAGGAUCUCCUCCCUCUUCACAUCUUCGUCAUUCUCACCACCGUCUUCCUACCCAAUCUUCUCUUUCUACCAUACCUGUCCCGGUCUCUUCCUCCCCGGACGACUUCUCUUCUUCUACUCCCCCAUCCGCCUCUUGUAUUCCCACGUCCGCAACCCCCGCUGCUGUCGCUGCCCCCACGACAAGACCUUCCACCUUCACCAGCACUACCGGUUUCACUGGAUCUGUAAUUGGAUCGAUCUCGCGACGUAAUCGCCGAUCUUUCGCUGCUUUGGCCCGUGAAAAGACUUCGAACGCUUUUGCCAAUCUGUCGGCCAUUGGAGGUACCACCAACGCUACUCUACGUUCUUCAGCCUCGUCCGGCAGUUUGUCGAAACAUUCGCGCAAGCCUUCCCAAGUCAGCGUCAGUGAAGCCGCAGGAGCCUCGCCGCUGACUCCACCAUUAUCGGACAGCAGCACGAGCAGUGAGCAAUUGAGUAACACACCCAUUGAGUCUCCCUUCAACCCGAUUUCUCCGGCUGUGGCCGAACAAGUCGAAAGGCGCCGUCAGACCCUUCAACACGUCCCAUCUUUGGUAGGGCAACAGGCGCAAGCCGUAAUUCCAUCAAAAAUGCAUCAAACAUCUUCAAGGCUAUUGCGUAUGACCGAAGAUGAUCGUCCUUUUACCAAGGAUUUCAUGGAUCUAUUUUCGACAUUGAUGGUCAGCUUGAAACUGGAUUCGCAUCGCGUACGAUUUACGAGAUACGACCACUCAUUCACGUCUGAAGAAGCAAUCAACAAUCUUGGAUCUCUCAAAUUUUCCCAGUCAAACCGCAUGCCAGACCCCAAGGAUCCUUCUCGUAUUGUUACGACCACUACGACAACCACGUUCUCCAUGGCCAAGGAAAUGGCCCGCUCAGUGUGCCAACGGUUUGUCGACGCGAGGUUCAUUGAGUCUGUUGAUGGCAAGGCUUCUCAAUUUUUCCCAUUGAAGGGUGCUUUGUAUCAACUUACUCCUAAAGGAAUCAAUAUCUUGCAAAGAUUUUGCCAGAGGAACGGUAUCACUGCACGCCAUGUGAUUGAUGUGCUGGAAUCUCCUCGUAAUACAAUGCAACUUGUCAACCUGGAGCGCGAUUCCGAGACCGAUAAACUAUCCCAUGAUCGUGCAACUAUUGAGGUCAUCUUUCGCCGGUUUGCUGGUCAAGAUGGACCCAAUGUCAAGAGCAGCAUUUCCACCUCCGACUCGGAUUCACUGAGCGAUUAUUCGAAUGGUUUGGUUGGAGUAAAGAUGGCCAAGGAGCGUAAAAUCAACGACAAGAUUGUUAUCAACACCUUCACUGGAAAAGCCGCGGUGGAUUGGCUGAUGGACUGUUCGACUACCAUCGAACGCCGAGAAACUGUCCUCAUUGCUGAGCUGUUCGUCAAAUAUGGAAUGAUUACAAUGUUGCAGGAGGAUAAGCUGAUGCCUCUGCCGGACAACUCGAUAGUAGGAUUUCAACCCUCCAAGAACGCAAUCUAUGGCAUUACGGAACGAGGCCAGCGGGUUUGUGGGUGGAUAGCACGGGACAAGUCUCGUGAGACUACGGCAUACGACAGCCGCGGUAUUCCAAAGGACUCGAACAACGCUCGAUUGAACCACAUUCUUCAUGAUCCUGCUCUGAGACUUCUUUUCCGUGAAUUCCUCCGCUAUUCUUUGUGCGAGGAGAAUCUGUCCUUCUACUUGGAUGUUUCCGAGUUUACUGCAACUUAUCACAAGGCGGAGAAGGUUGGCACAUUUAAGAAGUCUGACUCUGUUCGUGAGACCCUGGCUGCAGCAUAUGGUCUUUAUAACGCCUUCCUGGCUCCCGGUUCUCCCUGUGAGCUCAAUAUUGACCACGCACUGCGCAACAGCUUGGCCAGUCGCAUGACCAAGGCUGUAGGGGAUGACGAAUCAAUGUUCAAGAGUCUUCAGGAAGUUGUGCAUUUGUUUGAGAUGGCGCAGACUUCUGUUUUCAAGUUGAUGUCAAGUGAUUCGAUCCCGAAGUUUUUGCGCGACCCUAAGUACGCCCAUAUCCUUCAGGAGCAUGAUGUCGAGUUGAUCGGCGCCACAAGGUCUUAUUCGCCAACACCAGCCAACGUUCCCGAACGCUCGAUGAGUCGCUCGGCUCGGUCAUGACAAUAGACUGACUAUACCGUGUACCUCGCGGUCGAUUUGGAAUUACGAUUUUGAGCCGAACUACCCUACCCUGCGGUGGUACAGUACGCAAGGAAGGGCCUAAACUUGGCGUUCCACAGCCGAAGAGUCUGAUCAUACGUAUAUGACUCCGGUUCACGGCACUUCG